AGGAGAUUUCUUCCACAGUGCUCCUUUCUCUCUCUUCCCAACAGAAACCUUCUCACUCUACAGACUGACUGCUACAUGGUGAUUAGUGAUGUCUACUGAGCCUCAAGAAGAAGACUGGAGAAAGGAGACAUUUUUAAAGGGGAUGUCAGAUGACCUCAGAGCUCAGGAAGAUCAUGUUAAAGGCUGUUAUUGACCAAUGAAACAAAGAGAAUCACUUAAAAACAAGAGGAGCGCUGAUGGGACAGCGCAGGAGAACCGCCCUUAACUUUGGGACACGAGUUCCUUCAAUGCAACUUGAGGAGGACAAGAUAAUCUGAUGUUAAUCAAACGUCCCGUUUAAGUCGACCGUUGAAAAGACAUCAUGUUGUCUGUACUGGGAACCGGUGCCAUGGCUCUUUUCCACAGUGUAAUAAUAGUGUCUGCGCUGAUUGACUCUGAUGAUGUCAUCACACGAGAUGAGCAGAUCUACGUUCUGAUUGGUGCUCAUGCCAAGUGUGAAAGGAACAUCCAGGCACAGAUGGCACUGGUUAAAGAAGGUGACUGUAUCCCGGAGUGGGACGGGAUCAUCUGCUGGCCACAGAGCAGAGCGGGUCAGCUGGUUUCAGUGCUGUGUCCAGAGUACAUCUACGACUUCAACCACAGAGGGCGAGCCUACCGCCAGUGUGAUACAUCGGGGAGCUGGGAACAGGUGCCAAGCAUUAACCGCACUUGGGCCAACUACACCGAGUGCACCACAUAUUUGACCUCCAACCACAGGAGCCAGGAGGAGAAGGUGUUUGAGAGACUCCAUCUUAUGUACACUGUCGGCUACUCCAUUUCUCUAGCAUCACUGCUGGUGGCAGUCUCCAUCCUCUGCUAUUUCAAGCGUCUCCACUGCACACGCAAUUACAUCCACAUUCACCUCUUCACCUCCUUCAUAUGUCGGGCAGUCAGCAUUUUCGUGAAAGACGCUGUGCUCUACACCAUCUCUUAUGACAGUAAUGCUGAGCCUGAGUUCACUGCACAGAAGCCCCAUAUGGCCGGCUGUAAAGUUGCUGUUACUUUCUUCCUUUAUUUCCUGGCAACCAAUCAUUACUGGAUCCUGGUGGAGGGGUUGUACCUACAUAGCCUCAUCUUCAUGGCCUUCCUCUCUGACAAGAACUACCUAUGGGCCCUUACCAUUAUCGGCUGGGGUGUUCCAGCUGUGUUUGUGUCUGUUUGGGUCAGUGCACGAGCAUCGCUGGCAGACACACAAUGCUGGGACAUCAGUGCAGGAAACCUGAAGUGGAUCUAUCAAGUCCCCAUUCUGGCAGCCAUUGUUGUGAACUUCCUCCUCUUUGUCAACAUUAUACGUGUACUGGCCUCUAAACUGUGGGAAACAAACACUGGUAAACUGGACCCUCGGCAGCAAUAUCGGAAGCUGCUGAAGUCCACAUUAGUCCUCAUGCCCUUGUUUGGAGUUCACUACAUGGUGUUCAUGGCUCUUCCCUACACUGAGGUCACUGGGCUGCUGUGGCAAGUCCAAAUGCAUUAUGAGAUGUUCUUCAAUUCAUCCCAGGGCUUUUUUGUGGCAUUUAUCUACUGUUUCUGCAAUGGGGAGGUGCAGGCAGAGGUGAAGAAGGCGUGGUUACGACGCAGCCUCACGUUGGACCUCAAACAGAAAGCCAGGAUGACCAGCAGUGGUGGCAGCUGUUACUACGGUGGCAUGAUGUCACACACCACCACCCAGAGUGUCAGCUUGUCUGCUGUCAAUCCCAGAGCUCUAUCCUUCACUGGAGUUGUGGUGGGCUCAGGUGGAACCGCUGGUGGAGGGUCAGGGAUCAGGCCGGCACGUCACAGCUCUCUCCACCCACAAACCAGCCUGCCCGGAUAUGUGUCCGGUGACACAGAGACCUCCAGCCCCCAACAGGAGCUGGCUGUGCGGAAGCCAGGGGGGACGGAGUCUGGAGUUUUUGCCAGGCAUGCCAGAAGCGGCAAGGGAAAUCAUGACCGCAAAGGUCCCGGAGCAUCUCCAGCCCAAAUCCCUGGAUCAGAAGAUCCAGACAGCUCCUUAUCUCUGAAAGAGCUGGAGACCAUCUUGUGACUGUUUGGAUAAAUGUUCAGAUGAGUAUAAAUGAGGUAUUAGACUAAAGACCAAGAUAUAUAUGAUAGGCAUGAAUCUUUCUGGCCACAUUUCAAGGAUUUACUUGUGUUGAGAUUGUUUUGUCAACUUCCUCUAAAGUCAAGAGAGAACUUUCAGUCUCAACUUGUAAGCCAACAGCUGGACAACCUCUGUUUGCUGAAGAAGAUUGUAUGAUUGAAAACUCCUGAACAGCUACUGAGCAGACCUUGUGGUGAGAUUGACAGCAACAGAGUUUUGUGGUUGUCUGGGUUUUUCAGUGGAUGGGAUCACAUUUCCAAUGCAUCAACAAUGAGGGAAUACACACACAUUUUCAUUUUGCAAAAUGACACCGAAGGCCUUCACUCAUUGUGACAUAUGUACCAAAUCAGUAUGCAUGAGUCUAUGAUGGUUUGUGUACAUCUCAAGUUAUAGGUACAAUUUCCUCAUGGGUCAGUGUACCUAAACUGUACAUACGUUUUUAUAUGCUUUCAACUGAUUUCACGUUGAAAUGUGAACAGAUAAAUUAAGCUAAAUAAAUAUGAAGCUGUGAUGGUUCAGAGAAUUUAGAAAAGUCAAAAGACAGACCUGGAUGUUUAAACAGGGAGAUUUUUCUCUGCCUCUUCAUAUCUUUCCUGUGUUGGAUUUCCAGGCCAGACUGGCUGACACCAGUAAAAUUGUGUGUGUGUGUGUGUGUGUGUGUGUGUGUGUGUGUGUGUGUGUGUGUGUGCGUGCGUGCGUGCGUGUGUGUGUGUGUCAGCGGCUGCUGUCUAUGAAUCUGCUGUAGCAAUCCUCCCAUUUCCAAAUAUUGACCUCCAUACGUAUCAGCCACACAUUUCUGAUGGAGGGGGCAUUACUCCACCGGGCUAACUGUCUACAAUUGAUUAUUUCCAAUAGUCAUGGUGUCCAGAUAGUAUGUCUAGACAGGUGGGACUUCUCUCUGCACCUUUGUUGUUGUCUACUCUCCCCUAUUUAUCAGUUUGACAGGACCCUGGGGGCUUUUUACCCAUUGCAGGCCAAACGGCAGCUCCUUCCUCUGUGUGACCUUUGCCCUGAAUGCCCUCACAACACCUUCCAGUAUUUCACACACUCCCCUCAGGCCUCGGCUCGGAGCAAGAAGCACCUGAGCUGCUUGUGGACCUCGAGCAUAAGUGACAAACCUGCAUCACAAGCCACCAGUAUUCACAAGAUAAACAGACAGGAAAUUGUGCCUGUAAAUAUUUUAGGACUGUUUUAGGUGCCCAGAAAUAGAGACGACUGUUCUGUGUUUAUAGGAUAUGUAAAGUGUAAGAUAACUCUGCUAAUUUAAUAAAUGUUUUUGGGAAAUUG